CCUGUCUAUUUUAAGACUCCCCUUAGUCAGGAGAAUAGAAGCCAUUGACUGCUCCCAAUGCUGCAAUGACACCAGUCUCUCCCGGGAGCUCAGGGGAGGACUGAUCCUGUGGAAGAUAGCAACACCCCAGUAAGAAGUGGCCACUGGAGGAUGGAAAGUCUGGGUCCUGCUGAGUCUGAUAGGGCUUCAGAAGUCUCCCUGGGUUUGGAUGAUGGAGCUAUGCUUGAGACUGCCCUGGACAGCGAAGAAGCAGAGGAGCUGGCACAGAGCCUAAAGGAAGCUAUGCAUACUGAAGAUGUGAAACCCAAACUCCAAUGCCUCUUGUCAAAUCCAGACUUUUCUAUGGUCACUGUUCAGUGUGAAGACAGUGGAAUCCACUGGGAGACCAGCUCAAGUCGAUGCUCCACACCUUGGGCAUCAGAAGCCAGCACAACCUCAGACGUCUACAGCAUGGAAAGUUCAUCUGCCGGAACCCCACCAGGUAAAGUCAUCUUCAUUAUGGAUGAGGGAAAGCUACGACGGAAGAAAGUCAGACCAUCGCCUUCUUCUAAGUUCCCACGGCAGUCAUCCCAUCACAAGAAGAGUGUGGACAAUCCCAAGCAAUCGGCCGAUAAUAUGAGGGAAUCUUUUAAGCAAGCACUGGAAAAAGCUAAGCGUCACCUCUCCACACACACAGAGGAAGCUGGUAACACUGACAGUGCUACAAAAAACACUGAAGAAUGUACAACACAAGUUGCAGAUGAGCCAGAACUGAAUUCCGGUUCAGACAAUACAGGACAAGAACAAAAUGCAGGAUCGGGCGCAGCUGAGACCUCCAAGGACUCACCAGAAGAAACAGUGGCACAGUCAAAAUCUGUUGACACAGAACCUGAAGUUACAGCAAAGAGCAACUUUAUGAAAAGUGAUAGUGCUGGUUCAGCCCCUCGCCCAACAGAGACUGUACCAGAAAAGCAAAUUAUUGAACCAGUUAAAAAACAACCCCGAGAGCUAAACACCAUGAAAUAUACAAAAUAUAAGGGACGCGUCCCACAAUCGUUAGCUGAAAAUACAACUGUGAUGACAUCAAGUAAGCAUGAUAUUGACAGUUAUCCCCCAUAUGUCCUUUUAGAAUUAAGCAGUGUUUUAGAAAACAUAGCUAAAUUGUGUAACCCAUCAAAAGAUGCGUUGACACAAGAUAAUGCAAAUAUCCCCCCCACCACAGAAUCAAACGUGUUUAGUAUUGUUUCCGAUGGGUCGGAAAUACUAAACAUCAUGGCUCCAGAUCUUAUAUCUUCCGUUGACCAAGAAGCGAGUAAAGCCAUGCAGGAUAGGUUGGAGUACUUGGAGGAAAACCCCAUGCUCAUUCCCAAACCACUAUGUAAUGAAGAUGAUGUUUUACCAACUAAUAAUUAUGAGGAACCUGAUGAGAAGGAUAAUGAGAUGGCUGAAGAAGAUGUGAAGACUAGAAUUCCUGAAAAUAUACAAAGUGCAAACCCAGAUAAAGCUACUAAUGAAAUAGAUUACUUUGAAAAAUUUACUUUAAUUGACACCAAGAUACCUAUUGAUCAUGACUUUAAAAAAUCAAGUCAAGAACUUGACAUAGGCCAUGUUACAUUAGAACAUCAACCUCUUUCCCUUGAAGGUGAUGUGUCCUUUGAUGACUCUUACUUGCUGCAAAGUUUGGAUGAAUCAUUCUAUGGUGUAUCUGAGAGUGAAAAUUUCAUAAUACCACAGAGAUCUUCUGACAAAUCUAUUGUGGAGGAAGAAAUGGAAAAGCAAGAUAAAGCAAUGAAGACAAACGGAGUGUCCUUAUUUAGUGAAGAAGAAGGUGUAUUGACCAAAUCAUUUUUUUUCCCCACUUCUUACCCAAUAAACCCAGAACUUCUGGAAGAACCACCUGCCUUGGCUUUUCUUUACACUGACCUAUAUGAACAAGCAAGAGGAUCUAAAACAAUAGAAGGGCAUGAUCAGUCAGAUGCAGAAAGUACCAGUUCUGCAGCCACUUUCCAUAGUAGAAUUUCUGAUGACGAUGGGACAGGAAUCUAUUUUGAAAAAUUUAAUCUUAAAGAUGAUAUCCCUGAGGGUGCAGGCAAACAAGAGGAAGAAGACUUCUACAGUCAGGAGGACAGUGAUGAGGAUCAAUAUCUGAGUUAUGAAGAUUUGCCAGAUGAGUCAUCUUUUGAUAAAGAACAUAUACAGUCUACAACAAACAAAGAAGAAAGAGGCACAACUGCUUUCCCAAAGAUAGAUUGGUCAGAGAUAUCCCAAACCGAUGACACUGCGCCAUUGCUUGAUAAGACUAAUACAGUAAGUUUAGGCAGUAUGCAAAAUGCUGAUGUUGCCAUAGAAGAGUCACUUGACCAUAAGCGGAAGAUGAAUAUAGAAGUUCCUGAUUAUGAACAAAAAGAAAAUAAAUUACAGUAUGAACGAGAAGUCAAGUCAGAUGAUAAAGCUAAUUUGGGGAAUGAUAUAAAGAAAGUAUCACCAAAACAAGGACCCGUGAUGGAAGAACAGGAAUGUAUAGGAGAUGAUGAGGAAAUUGCUGAGUCUUUAGAUUAUGUAAUUGUUUCUCAAGAUGACUUUGAAGACGAUGAUGAUAUCUUGUUGAAAGAAUUAACUUUUGAAGAUCAAGAUUCCUUGGAACACGGGAGCGAGUUGUUUUUGGAUACUGUGCAAGAAUUCCCACCGGAACAUGAAGAUGCUGGGUUUGAGAUUAUAGAACAUAUUAAAAAAACAGCGGAGCUAUCAGAACGUCCCCAAGAAGAAGACAGCUCCCAGAUUGACACAUAUUGCAACACAUGUAAAAUUCCUAUAGUAGCUAUCGAUAAGAUUUUUGGAGACCACAAGAACCACGAUGUGACAACUUUAGACAAUGCAGUGAAUUUGAUGACGAGGAAUUUGGAGGAUCUCUUAGAAAAACUGCAGGCGAGCUCUUUGAAAACAGAAGAUUUUGUUACGAGAGUAGAGGCCUUAUUUAAUGAAGUUGAAAAAAAUUGUGCAGAAGCAGAGAAACAUUUGGUGGAGGAGAAUGAGGAAAUGGUUGAGAAAGUGGUGGCCCGGCAUAAGGAGAAGAGGGAGAGCUUUGAAGAGGUGAAAAAGAUGAAGAUGGACUACUUAUAUGAUCAGAUGGUUAGUUUUCAGCAGAAUGUGGAUUCAGCAAAGGAAAGCCUGGAAAAAGCAGCUAAGGAGAUGGAUGAGCUGGAUUCUGUUGCGUUUCUGAAUACUCAUAAUGAUAUCAAUGACAGACUUCUUAAAGCAAUAGAGAGCACUUUGCCUCUAGACAAGAUGUCCAGCGCAUUCUCAAUCUUUGAUCAUCUUGCUGCAAACUCUCCUGAAGCAGAUCAGAAGACAGCGAAACGUGUCCCAGCUCUUCAAACACCAAAGGUAAAGGAGCAGGAACCUUCCUCUGCCACCAGCACCUCAGUCACCGUGUACUGGACAGUGAACGAGGAGGACAUCAUUGAGUUCUUCCAGGUGUAUUGUAUGGAGGAGCCUCAAGGGAAAAGCGAUGAUAACGGGCUGCUGGAGGAAUACAGAGUGACCGUGAGGGAAAGUUUCUGCAUCUUGGAGGACCUUGAGCCGGAUAAACGUUACAGUGUCUGGGUUAUGGCUGUAAAUGACACAAGCUGCAGCUUACCUAGUGACAAGUCAAUAUUCAGAACAGCUCCGUCCACCCCAGUGAUAAAAGCAGAGGAUUGUACAGUGUGCUGGGACACUGCUGUCAUCAGAUGGAGCACAGCACGUUCAGAAUCUACAGAGUCCUUUACACUGGAGUGGUGCAAACAGUACUCCUCUGAGGGAGAGGGGCUCAGAUCUGUGUCUGGAAUUAAGGAGCAGCAGCUGAGGGUUACAUUACAGCCAGGAGAGAACUAUUUCUUCUAUGUGAAAGCUGCCAACACGUUUGGUUCAAGUGAGCAGAGUGAAGCAGCCCUUAUAUCUACCAAAGGUACCAGAUUUCACUUACUGAGAGAUACUGCGCACCCAACUUUGGACUUGUCAGCAGAUGGAACUGUAAUUAGUAUUGCAGAAAAGAGCGAGAUUACAGGAAUUCCAUUAGUGCUUGGGGAGCUUCUGCCAGCGAAGGGGCGACAUUACUGGGAAAUGACCGUUCCUGACUGCAGUGCAUAUAGUGUCGGUGCGACUUUCCAUCCUUCUCCAGAAGAGUAUGCCCUGUCGCAGGACAGGACGUCAUGGUGUAUGCAGUGUUCUUGUUCCUCCACAAGCUUCUCUUACAGAUUCCUGCAUAACGAAGUACGGAGUGAAGUUAACUUGACGGAGCCUCCAUUCCGAGUCGGCAUUCUUCUAGACUACAGAAAAGGAGGACUAUCUUUCUACAAUGUGCAGAGAGGACAGUUGCUGUUUACCUUCAGGCACAAGUUUACAGAGGCGGCUCACCCCACAUUUGCUUUGGAAGCCCAUGGAGAGAUUCACCUCCACACUGGAAUAGAAAUGCCUCACUUUGCCAAGCACAACUAACAUUCUGUUCCCAGCAGCACCUGGGAUGCUGAAAAGCCAUCACCCAAGUGUUUACUCACCCCUGUUCUAUAGUGGAGUCACUGUGGAGGCGAUGUAUCAUACUGUCUUCAGAGGACAUGAGCUAUUACCCAUAGCAACCAAGAAGGUUCUAGCUAUCAUUUAUCAAGUACAUUUUUAAAAAUGAUAGAGAAUCUGGUUGCUAUGGGCAACAACUCCCCUUGUCCUCUUUAGAAGGUUUGAUACAUCUCCCCCUGUGUUUGAGAAAAGUUGGUGAGUAAUACUAUUAGACAGAGCAGAUUUUGUCGCAAAAUUGGUUUCUCAGGGUUUGUUUUUAUUUUGCAUUUGGUGUUCCCAGCUUUUCUUCCAGAUUUAUGUAGGACACGCAUGGAAUACAGUACAGAACACAGACAUAGGACUUUUGAGCUCUGCAUAGAACUUGGCUGAGUGGUUCAUAUUAAUAGGUCCUUAGCAAAACUCAAUAAAGAGACAAGUUUGAUAGA